AUGCGUUUCACCUGGAUCCUCGCCGGCGCCUCGUUCGCGCUGGCCAAACCCACCAAGGGAGGCUUCGAGACGCUGGUUACCUUCGGUGACAGUUACACCGACAACGGCCGCCUGGGAUAUUACAUCAACAAUGGCGGCAAGGCACCACCGCCGGGCAAGAUGCACGACGAGUCGACCACGACGGCGAGCGGCGGCCUGUCUUGGGCCCAAUUCGCCGCAAAGGACGCCGGCGCCCAGCUGAGGGACUACGCCGUCAGCGGUGCCGUCUGCUCCAACCAGAUCGUCUCCCGAAGCUUCGACUUCAUCAACCGGACCUUCCCGGCCAUCCUAGACGACGAAUUGCCAUCCUUCGAGGCCGACGUGGCCUUCAAGUCUCUCUACCCGCGCCGCACCGCCGAAAAUACGGUGUAUGCCGUGUGGAUCGGGACCAACGAUCUGGGUUUCGACGCCUUCCUGUCGGAUUCGCAGACCCGCGGCAAGACCAUCAGCGACUUUGUCGACUGCGUCUUCUCCGUGCUCGACAGGGUCUACAAGACGGGAGGCCGGCGCUUCGUGCUGCUCAACACGGUGCCGCUAGAGCUGACUCCGCUGUACGCGCACCCCGACAACGGCGGGACUCUUGAUUCGCAGUUCUGGAAAACCAAGAGCCAGUACAACAUGACCGAGUACAGCCAGAAGAUCAGGGAGUACUCGACCAGCGUCAAUACCAUCCUGGAGUACGGCGUCCCCGUCAAGGCGUCUCUCCAACACCGCUGGCCCAAGGCGACGGUCGACCUCUUUGACGUCCAUAGCCUGGUCAACGACAUCUAUAGCGAGCCGAUCAAGUUCCUAAAAGCGCCACACAAUGUAAACAGCUACUAUCACCAGUGCGAAGUGGCCGGAAGCCCGUGUGUCGACCAGCCCGGUUCCCUUGACGGGUACCUGUGGUAUGACGAGCUGCAUCCCUCGAACAAGACCAGCGCCAUCAUUGCCCAGAACUUCGUCGACGUGGUGGUGGCCGGCAAGUCCAAGUAUGGAACCCGUUUUCAUUGA